UCUUCCUUGUCUGACAUUUUUAUUCUCUGAUCUGAAACCCAACCCCAGGAACAGGUGAAAUCUUCUUUCGAAUCUCUCACAGAAAUGGAAUCAGAGAUCCAGAAAAUGGAGCAGGAACAGAAAACGAGCAUUUCUGGAGUUCAGGAAGAGUCACACAACCUUCAGUCACUGAUCACAUCCCAGUUUGCUGAACUGCACCAGAUUCUCACUGAGAAAGAGCAGCGCUUACUCAGAGAUGUCCGGGAAGAAGAGGAGAAGAUUGUAAAAACAAUGGAGAAAAAUCUUCAAGAGAUUCAAGAGAAUUUAAAUUCCAUUCAGGAGGAACUCUCAAAAUUACAGGGACAGAUAGACCACAAGGACGGUGUGAUAUUUCUGAAGGAGGAAGCUGGUCGCAAGAGCAGGGUUAUUGAUGAAACCAAACCAAUGUUGGUGGUAGAUAGCGCGUUGCCCAUUGAAAAGUAUGAUCGCACCCUUUUCUACAACAUAGCAUUGAGCGAAACAUCUGAUAUCAUCAAACGAGGUAAAACUGAUACCUUUUCCAUUGAUCUUUUUUAAGACAUCUUUAUGCAAUACUUAUAUGUGAAGAUUAAUGGUAUUAAUGGACUCUGGGGGGAAGUAUCACAAAGACAAAG